GGAGGCAACAGAGGAGGUGCUGUGUGUCUGUGUGUUAUACUGCAUGGCUCGUCGAGGGGCGAGCGCCAAGGAUUGAAAGAGGGUGAGGGAGAAGCAAAAAGAAUGUGAGUCUCCCUCGGUGGAGCCGCUAAUCUGGUUUCUAUGGAAACUUACGAUAAUAUAAAAGGAAGUCAAUUCUGAUCAUUCUGAUACUGAGAUGUAACUGGACUGAAGAGCUGAAUAGGAAAAAGUUUAGUGCCAACCUUAAGUACAAUGGCUACUGAUUCAGGGGAAGCAGCUAGCACAGAAGAUUCUGAGAAACCUGAUGGAGUUUCCUUAGAAAACCAAGUUUCUCAGGUUGCUGCAAAUUUAACAGUGGAAGCUAUACUCAAGGAGAAAACCAGUACCAUCUCUGCUUCUAGGGAAACAAAAGAAAGGAAGAGGUUCUUUAGAAAGAGCAUUGAGAUGACAGAAGAUGACAAAGUUAUAGAAUCUUCACCCAAAGAUGAGAGACUAAAGACAGCAACACACAUUCCAAGAGGAGAAAAGCUUCCUACAAACGUACUAAGAGGUGGACAAGAAGUUAAAUAUGAACACUGUUCAAAGGAAACUGCAGAAUCCUCAAAAGAUUGUUUCAAGGAGAAAAGUGAAAAGGAAAUAGAAGAAGAAGCAGAAAUGAAAGCAGUAGCUACUUCCCCUAGUGGUCGAUUCCUGAAGUUCGAUAUAGAGCUUGGAAGAGGAGCUUUUAAAACAGUCUAUAAAGGAUUGGACACUGAGACAUGGGUUGAGGUUGCCUGGUGUGAGCUGCAGGAUCGGAAAUUAACCAAAGCUGAGCAGCAGAGAUUCAAGGAAGAAGCAGAGAUGCUAAAGGGUCUCCAGCAUCCUAAUAUAGUUCGAUUUUAUGAUUCCUGGGAGUCUGUAUUAAAAGGAAAGAAAUGUAUUGUAUUAGUCACUGAACUUAUGACAUCAGGAACCUUAAAGACGUACUUAAAACGAUUUAAAGUCAUGAAACCAAAGGUCUUACGGAGCUGGUGCAGGCAGAUUUUAAAGGGGUUGCAGUUCUUGCACACUCGGACUCCUCCUAUUAUUCAUCGGGAUCUGAAGUGUGACAAUAUUUUCAUCACGGGACCCACUGGAUCUGUGAAGAUUGGUGAUCUAGGACUAGCCACUUUAAUGCGUACAUCGUUUGCUAAGAGUGUUAUUGGAACUCCUGAGUUUAUGGCCCCGGAAAUGUAUGAAGAGCACUAUGAUGAAUCUGUAGAUGUUUAUGCUUUUGGAAUGUGUAUGCUGGAAAUGGCAACUUCAGAGUACCCCUAUUCUGAGUGCCAGAAUGCAGCUCAAAUAUACCGUAAAGUAACCAGUGGAAUAAAGCCUGCCAGUUUCAAUAAAGUCACUGAUCCUGAAGUGAAAGAAAUCAUUGAAGGAUGUAUUCGACAAAACAAAUCUUCUAGGUUGUCUAUCAGGGACCUACUAAGCCACGCAUUUUUUGCUGAGGAUACAGGACUGAGGGUGGAGUUAGCAGAGGAAGGUGAUGAUUCAAAUUUAUCCCUGGCUUUGAGACUCUGGGUUGAAGAUCCAAAAAAAUUGAAAGGCAAACACAAAGACAAUGAAGCCAUUGAAUUCAGCUUUAAUUUAGAAACAGAUACACCUGAGGAAGUAGCAUAUGAAAUGGUCAAAUCUGGAUUCUUUCAUGAAAGUGAUUCAAAAGUUGUUGCUAAAUCCAUUAGAGAUCGUGUCACCCUGAUAAAGAAAGCAAGGGAGAAGAAGCCAGUUGGCUGUUUGAAAGAACGCAGAGAUUCCCAGUGCAAAUCUAUGAGGAAUGUACUCCCUCCACAGCAGAAUACAAUUAUUCCCCUUGCUCCUCUUCAGCCGACUGGGGCUGAAUGUGAAGAAACUGAAGUUGACCAGUAUGUUAGACAACAGCUUGUACAAAGAAAAGCACAGCAGCACUGCUCCUCUGUAAUGGGUGACACUUUGUCCGAGGCAGGAGCUGGAUCUGCUGUACACCCAGAUGCUUCAAAUCAGCCCAGUAUUCCCUAUUCUUCAGACCAGGCAAUGGGGUCUCAGAUGGUUUCUAACAUACCACAGGCUGAAAUAAAUGCUCCAGGGCAAAUUUAUUCAUCCCAGCAGCUACAACAUUACCAGCAAAUUUUAAGGUUGCAGAAGCAGCCAAAGUUGGGUCAGCCCCAUACUUUGCCUUUGGUUCAAGGUCAGUCCACUGUUUUACCCGUACAUCCCCUUGGAUUUCCAUUUGUUUCACAACCUGAGGUUUCCCCAACUCUUCAGAAGGGCUCACAAAUACAGCCUGUGUCCCAACCAGUUGGUGUUGAACAGCAAGCAACUCUUCUAAACCCAGAUUUAGUUAGAAGUUUGAAUGACGAGGUGGUAGUUAUGAAAGAAAACACCAACACAUCUGAUUACCAAAGUGGAAAUGGCAAACAUGAUCGGAUCAAACAAAGAAGAGCUUCUUGUCUUCGACCAGAGAAGGGGACCAAAUUCCAACUUACUGUCCUUCAGGUAUCAACCUCUGGAGACAACAUGGUUGAGUGUCAACUAGAGACCCACAACAACAAGAUGGUCACCUUCAAGUUUGAUGUUGAUGGUGAUGCACCAGAAGAUAUUGUAGACUAUAUGGUUGAAGACAACUUUGUGCUGGAAAGUGAGAAAGAAAAAUUUGUAGAAGAAUUACGGGCUAUUAUAAGUCAAGCCCAGGAUAUCCUUCACAUCUACUCUGCUACAGAUAAGUCCACUGGAAUUGACUCUGUUACUUUGGAAUCCAACAGUAACGAAACAGGAUCAUCUGAACAAGUACAGAUAAAUACUGCAUCCACUCAAACCAGCAAUGAAUCUGCUCCUCAGUCAUCUCCUGUUGGUCGAUGGCGAUUCUGUAUCAACCAAACAAUAAGAAACCGUGAGACUCAAUCUCCUUCUCCUCACCAGUUCAGACCUUCAGUACCUGGGCUACUUCCACUUUCUAGUCCAAGAAGCACAAGUACCAGUAAAAUAUCACAGAACACACUGCUCACUCUAGAAAAUUCAUGUCAGCAUGUACUUUCCACCUCUGAAUCAAAACAUAAGGAUGUAGUUGAUGGUAAGGUUUCUGAAUUUUCCAGUGUGAGAACUAAGGAGCCAGUUAUACAUUAUCAAGUGGAAGAGGACAGAUCGAUGAUGGGACCAGUUGCCAGUAUCAUUUAUGCUUCUACUUCAGUUUGUGCACUUCCUGUUGAAUCUGAGGGACUCACAAACCAAGCAAGCAUAUUCCUACCUGUAUAUACAUAUCAACAACCUGCCAAUCAGGCUGAUGUACUUAGGGUCACUACUGGUGAGUCAACUCAAGGUACAGGUAACUCUCUUACAACUUCAGGACUUAUGUCUGAUCAAGAGUUUAAAUCUUUAUCGGUACAACAAAGAAAUGUGGCCACAGAAUUUAUUUCUCAGGAAGGAGAAACCACAACAAAUACUGAAUUAAGUUCUCCUAAGAAAGUCAUUUCCAUUCAGACUUCUGGCCUUGAAACAACUACCCUUCUAACUAACACUGUCCUGGAAUCAGAUGGGGAAAGACCUCCAAAAAUGGAGUUUACAGACAACCGAAUUAAAACUCUGGAUGAAAAAUUAAGAAACUUGCUUUAUCAAGAACACAACAUAUCUAGCAUCUAUCUUGAGAGUCAGAAGGAUAUCAUAGACUCUUCAUUUUCUUCCUCUGCUGAAGAUACCCUUUCCUGUCCAAUGCCAGAAGUCAUAGACAUCAGUCUCUGUGGAAUUCAAGAUAAUCCUACACAGUCCCCUAAUUUUCAACAGACAGCCUCUGUGAUUCUGUCCAAUGUGGCAGUGAGUCAGCCUGCUAACAUAUCUGUAUUCAAAAGAGACAUGAAUAUGAUAACUUCUGUACCCAGCGAAUUAUGUUUACAUGAGAUGUCCCCAGAUGCAUCACUUCCAGGGGAUCCAGAGGCUUAUACUGCUGAUAUGUCAAGCGUAGGAGCCAUUCAUCUGCAGACAGGAGGUGGAUAUUUUGGCCUAAGCUUUACUUGUCCUAGUCUCAAAAAUCCUAUUAGCAAGAAAUCCUGGACUCGCAAAUUAAAAAGCUGGGCAUACAGGCUACGGCAGUCAACCAGCUUUUUCAAGAGAUCAAAAGUUCAUCAAGUGGAAAUGGGAGAUAGAAGACCAGUUCCUGCACCUGAUCCCGUUCUUCUUACUGAAGAAUCCGUAGCUGAUAAUAGGGCUUUUACUAAAUAUAAAGUGAUGAGUGGAUCAUUUCAGCGGGGUCGCUUCCAGGUGAUUACAGUUCCUCAGCAGCAGCCACUGAAAGUGAGUUCUUUUGAAAUUGAGCACAUACCAGCACUUAGUGAAAUCACAAGCCAUUCUUGUGAAGAAGUUCUACCCUUUCCAGAAACAGGAAAGUCUCAUUUGAUAGAAAUGGAACCUACCACAAUCAACCCACAAACUUCAUUUUCUGCUCAGAAGAUACAGACUCGUCAUAAAACCUUCAAAGAAGAUAAAAGAGUUCGCAAACAUGGUGAAAAACUCUUAACUUUUAGUACACCUUGUGAGACUGAUGCAUCAUCAGUGACUCCAGAGAAGGAAUUAGAAGAAAAUUCAACCAUAAGAAGUAGCGUGCAGUCUGGACCUGAACUGUUGUUUAACGAUAGAGAGAUACUUACCACUGGGAAACAGCAUAGCUCUGAUAGUGAAUUUUCAGCCCCUUUUGCUACCAGAGGGAAGUCAGUGGCAAGGACUUGUCCAGAAAGUGAUCAGUGCUUACCACUUCAUGAAGAACAAGCCUAUACUCAAACACAGAGCUCACUCUUUUAUUCACCAUCUUCCCCAAUGAGCAGUGAUGAUGAGUCAGAAAUAGAGGAUGAGGACUUGAAGGUGGAACUUCAAAAAUUAAGAGAAAAACACAUUCAGGAGGUCGUAAAUCUUCAGUCGCAGCAGAAUAAGGAGCUGCAGGAGCUGUAUGAACGUCUUCGGGCAAUUAAAGAUAGCAAAUCCCAAUCAUCAGAGGGUCCUCUGCCACCAGCAUCACCACGUAGACCAAGAUCUUUCAAAAGUAAACUUCGAAGCCGCCCCCUGUCUUUGACACAUGUAGACAGUAGUACAAUUGCUGCAGAUUCACUGUGUAUAGAGAGUAAUGCAGUAUCAUGCCAGCAGUCUCCAGCGAGUAAAAAAGGGAUGUUCACCGAUGAUUUACACAAGCUGGUGGAUGACUGGACAAAGGAAGCCGUAGGCAAUUCUCUUAUAAAACCAAGUUUAAACCAACUUAAGCAGAGUCAACACAAACUUGAAACAGACAACUGGAACAAAAUAUGUGAAAAUACUCCACCUGCUAUGGGCUACACAUCAACAUGGAUUUCUUCUCUGUCCCAAAUCCGUGGAGCUGUCCCAUCCUCUUUGCCACAAGGACUCCCAGUCACGUCAUUUCCUGGGUCCUUAUCAUCAUAUGGAAUGCCCCAUGUUUGUCAGUAUAAUGCUGUAGUGGGGGCAGGGUAUCCAGUACAAUGGGUAAGAAUUUCAGGAACACCUCAACAAUCUAUAGUAAUUGCUCCCCAGUCUGGGGGACCAUUCCAACCAGGGAUGAAUAUGCAGGCAUUUCCAGGUUCACCGUUGCAGAAUCCGUCUACAGUCCCUCCUGGUCCCAAAUGAAUAAG